AUGUUCACCUACAUCCGGCGCGACGACCAGCGCCCGUCCAGUGUUGCCUGCGCCCCUCCGCCGGCCGCCUCCUCCCAGCCGCCGCCCCGGCCUAGCAGCGACUCCUUCACGGCCUCGAACUCGGCCCUGACAGACGGCAUCUUCGAGUCUGGCAUCUGGACGGCCGAGCCAGACCUCAACUCAGCCUUCAACAGCGGGAAAUGGUUCUCAGACGAGAAGAUCUGUUGCUGUCCGGGAAAAACUGUCCCACCGUCGCCCGAAGAGAAAAUCGUUGUGACGGAAUACGAGCUGAGGGACAACUGGCUGGCAAACGACCGUUAUCACUCGAAUGUCUCGUCCAUGUAUGGGAGCACGCAGAACUCGCCGGGCGUGGGCGUGGGCGCCGGUGCUGGCUUUCAGCAGCACCAGCAGCUAAACAGCCAGAACCAGAACCAAAAUCAAGGCCAGAACUACCAGGCGGCGGGGCCAGAGAACACGGCUCGGUCCUCAUCGACCUGGAGAUGGACGCUGGGUAAAGGCUCAGGCUCGUCUCCGUCAGACAGCUUGAAGGGCGGAGGCAUGGGGGAGGGAGGAUACUCGCCUGGUGCGGUUGCGAGCCGGUCCUCCUCGAAGCCCUCGCCUGAUACCACCACCAGCAGCAGCUAUGCGGCCGAGUCCAGGGGAUUCCUGCGAGAGUCAGGCAACGCUCUGUCGAAGAAGCACCAGCAGAACCAGCACCAGAGCCAGCAUCAACACCAGCAGCACCACCAUGGCCAGGAAGUGGUGGAGGUACCGUCGUCAAAGGGGACAAAGACGAGGCUUAACCUGCUGAAUCCCAUGGCUUUGCUGGCCAGGAGACGGUCAGCUCAGCUAUCCAGCUCGAGGCCAGAGGAUAUCAGUAUCAGCAAGUUGACCGUCCCAGCUCUACCGGACGACUACGACCCUAGGAUCAGAGGCAGUCUGGUCCAUGAUUUCUCGGUGCCGCGGGCUCGAUCGAAUAUGGUAGAUAGCAGCAAUGCUCGUUCACGACAGGUCAGAGAGCUUCCCGACAAUCCUCCCAGACCCCAGAUGCCGCAGCAGCAGGCCCAACAGACGCAGGUGAUGGCUUCGAUGCCGUAUAGGCAGAUGAAUAGAGCAUCUGUCGAGCUACCACCGAAACCACAAGCUGAGAUCCAGCAUUAUUCCCUACCACCGACACCCAAACCCGAAGCCGAUAGACAGCAACAGCAGCAGCAGCACCAGCGACAGAAUUCUCAAGAUGCCUCGUCUACUCAUACCAGAUCUCCCCCGUCCACCAUGCGGUACAAGCCCGGAUCAGUGCGAGAUCCCUCGUUCGUUCCCCUGGGCCUUCCGCGGCAUUUGACCAGCAGUGCAUCACGGUUCAGCUUCGACAUGGCAGGCGCUGCCUCGUCUUCGCAGGAGAAGCUGAUGGAAGAAAGGCACAAGGAGAAGGAAGCUGCGAAAAGAGCGAUGGGGGCUAGUUCAAGGAGAAGUGAAUUCGACGAGGACUCUGAUGAGUUUGACUACGAUGCAAUGAUGGACGACGACGGGCUGGAGGAGAAGAUACCCGGUGUCAACGCCGAUGCUGACUCCAUAGACGAAUAUGAGACUGGUGCAUCCUCAGCCAUGCAGAACUACAUGAAGUCAUAUGCUCCUACGCUGUCUACCGUCAUGUCCAGCCCUACAAGCCCGCCUGGGAACAGUGCCUACGUCCCCAUGGCUAAUACCGGGGUCUCGAUGCCUCCAGGGUUCAUCAUGUCCUCAAAUCAGCCUGGUUUAUCCAUGUAUACCGGAUUUCAGCCCGUUCCGGCCGCUGCGGUGAGCCCUGAACUGCCUACCACGGCCCAGGGAGCUUCCAGGGGUAACGGUGAGGAUGACCUGUACUAUGACGACGGCCUCUUUGGCGAACUACCCCCUGAGAUGCAAGGGUCUACCAUCGACGAAUCCAUCUUUGACGACGAGUCGAGUUAUCUGUACGAUAACAAAAGACGAGCGGCUCAGCCUCCUCCUCAGGCCCCAUCCGAGGAGUCGACCAUGACAUCCGGUGCAAGCCAUGGCCACCCAAUGCCGCAGAACAGCGUCAUGGCAGCAGGGCCUGCCCACACGAUGGAUAAACCCCCAUCCCAAUCCCAAGGACUGACAAAGGGGAACCUAGAAGCAUACCACAGUGCCUUGGCCCAGGCAGCCAAUGAAGCUGCUCGCAAGGGGAGGUUUGAACGGAACGCAAGUCUAAGUGAAACGUCUCUGCCAGAGGGGGAGUCUCAAACUGAUCCAUGCCUGACAACAGAUGACAGUCGAAUGAGCCAGACAGUAGACACUGAUGCUCUCGGCAUGGAUGACUCGCUAGACGACUUUGACUAUUACGAUGGAGACGGUCUAGACGACGAUCCAAUUAUCGCCGAAGCCAAUGCAGAUGUCCUGGAGCAUGACGAUGAAGGGUUUUAUGGCCGAGAAUUUGGCUUUUAUGCCCAUGCCCACGGCAGCGAUGACAAGGAGCGUGUGUAUGGCGGCUACUUCGGUGCACCCGGCGCAGAAGGCAUAAUUCGAAACCACAGUGGACGGAAGAACUUUCGAGAACCCAGUCUGACCCCAAUUACCGAGCGGAGCGAAUGGAGUACUCGCAACUCAAUCGUUUCCCUAGGCGCUCAUGUUGGUCAUUCGUGCCAGCAGCAGCAGCAACCGCCGCUAGCCCAGCUAGUUGAUAUGGAAGUUCCCGAGGAUGAGAUAUCACUGAGUGCCUUGAUGAAACUGCGGCGAGGAGCCUGGGGCGGUAGCAACGGCAGCCUACGCAGCAAUACAGGAGGUAGUCAGGGCGCCGCUUCACCUUCAGCUACCCAACCUAACCGUGGGAGCUUGAACCACUACUACGACACAGGCUCGCCGGUUCAAGGCAGCGGACUAAUGAAUUACGGCGGCGGCUCGGAGCUGAACAGUCCCAUCCACGCCGAUAAGGAAUUUACCCAAGAUCCAAGGUCUAUCAGGAGAUAUUCCGACAGUGUCCGGCCUUCGUCUAGCUGGGACCCAAACAGACACUCGCUACGCAUGGAAGACGAGAAGCCAAGCAACGUCUCUACCAAUGCAGGCGAACGUAUCAGCUACGUUAGAGGCACCGACGAGUCUGGAUCUCAGUACUGGGUCCUUGAGAGACGACGGACAGGAGACGGAGGCGAGUCAGAGGUCCUAGAGCGAGAGACGAUGAAACUUCGGAUAUAA